GUGAAGGGCACACCGCGCGGAAGCCAUGAGCCCCGUCUGUCUGCCUUUCAUCUUUCUACUGCUGCUGGAGAGGAUGUCUCAUGCGCACUUCCCCGAAGAAUCGGGGCCCAUCAGCAUCGCUCUGGAGGACUAUGUGAAGCAAUAUGCCGUCUUCGUGGGCAACGGACUGGGCCGGUUCGCCAGCCAAGACGGUGGGGCUGAGCGCCUCCAUAUCCAGCGGAUGCUCACAAUCAACAGGACUUUGUUUAUUGGGGAGAG